GGGACCGGGCCGAGCUUCAUUCCACCCGCCACACCUCGAAACUCGAAAAUCAGGGGGCAGAGUGGCCAAACUGUGAGAACUGUUGCAAUCCUGCUAGGGUUCCCACCAUUCACACACCCAGGCCGAUGCACUGCCAAGAGAAGUGACAGAAAGUCUACUGUCGCCGGGAGAUCAACGCCUGACGACACUGCCCAAUCACUUCCGGUUCUGGAAGCCCGCACUUUCGACAAAUCUCGGGAUCUGGUAUCCACCCUACCCGCCGGCGCCUUUAACUUCCUCUCUUUGCCUUUAAAACCCAUGUUGAACACAAACACACCAAGGCGCGUCGAUCUAGACACAGACGGCUCUGCCAGGAACGAGUCGGUGAGUGACUUUGGCGAAAGUGCGCGUUGGGAACAACAUGCCCUUCCCUCUCCAGCCGCCGACCGGAAGUCCUCGUUCUGAAUGGGCUUGGAGCCGGUUGCCGCCGCUCCUCCACGCGGGUUCACCGGCGAGCGACUCUGGCUCUCGGGUCUCGUCGGCCGCUAGGUUCAUGUGGAGGCGUCCGAGUCGCUCCGUGCUGCGUGGGGUCCGGUCGGUGGUGGAGCAGCGCAGCCGGCCCGAGGCGGCGACCGAGCAGGCGGCGCGCGCCAUGGAGCGGGCGGUGGUGCGCUGCGUGCCCUCGGAGCCCAAGCUCAGCCUGUCGUUCGCGCUGGCCGACGGCAGCCACAAAAAAAUGCAGCGCGACCAGAGCGAGCCCCUGGGCCGGGUCCUCAGCCGGAUCGCUACCAACGCCCUGAAGGGCCACGCUAAGGCGGCGGCUGCCAAGAAGAACCGGAAGAACCGAGCGCAGUCGGGCGGCGGCGCGGCCUGCGCUCCGGAACCGGCAGCGGCCUGCGAGCCGGUGGUGAAGCUGUACUACCGCGAAGAGGCCGUGGCGGACGACGUGCUCAAUGUGGACGCCUGGCAGGACGGCGCGGUGCUGCAGAUCGGCGACAUCAAGUACAAGGUGGAACGCAACCCGCCCGCCUUCACCGAGCUGCAGUUGCCGCGCUACUUCAUGGCCGGCUUCCCGGUGUGCCCCAAGCUCAGCCUGGAAUUCGGGGAUUCCGCCAACUCUGUGUUCCGCUGGUACAAGGAGGUCCAGCCCGGUGCGGCCGAGCCCGGGGACGGCGGCCUCGAGUCGUCGUCGCGCCCCGGGCCGUCUUCGGCUUGGACCGAGACAGGUGUGACCGAGCGCGUGUACACCCCGUGCAACGCGGACAUCGGGCUGCGGCUCAAGCUUCACUGCACGCCGGGCAAUGGGCAGCGCUUCGGGCCCAGCCGCGAGCUGGAGAGCGUGUGUCCCGUGGAGGCCGGGCCCGGCACCUGCACGUUUGACCAUCGGCAUCUGUACACCAAGAAGGUGACGGAGGACUCCAUCAUCCGGACCGUCUCCUACAACAUCCUUGCAGACACGUACGCCCAGACCGAGUUCUCCCGGACCGUCCUCUACCCGUACUGUGCGCCCUACGCUCUGGAGAUUGACUACCGCCAGAACCUCAUCCAGAAGGAGCUCACCGGCUACAACGCAGACCUCAUCUGUUUGCAGGAGGUGGACCGCGCCGUGUUCACCGACAGCUUGGUACCGGCCCUGGAGGCCUUCGGCCUGGAGGGCGUGUUCCGGAUCAAACAGCACGAAGGCCUGGCCACUUUCUACCGGAAGUCCAAGUUCAACCUCCUUAGCCAACACGACAUUUCAUUCCAAGAAGCCUUGGAGUCGGACCCGCUGCACAAGGACCUACUAGAGAAAUUGGCUUUGAACCCUCUAGCACUGGAUAAAGUACUCCAGAGAUCGUCUGUCCUUCAGAUUUCAGUUCUUCAGUCUAUAAAGGACUCUUCUAAAAAGAUUUGUGUUGCUAAUACCCAUCUCUACUGGCAUCCAAAAGGUGGAUACAUUCGUCUCGUUCAAAUGGCAGUAGCCUUGGCUCACAUUAGACAUGUUUCAUGUGAGCUGUAUCCUGGCUUACCAGUUCUAUUUUGUGGAGACUUUAAUAGUACACCGUCUACAGGAGUGUAUCAUUUUGUUACCAAUGGCAGCAUUCCAGAGGAUCAUGAAGACUGGGCUUCCAACGGGGAAAAGGAAAGAUGCAGUAUGUCUCUCUCACACCUUUUCAAACUGAAAAGUGCUUGUGGGGAACCUGCUUACACCAAUUAUGUUGGUUGUUUUCACGGAUGCCUAGAUUACAUUUUUAUUGACUUAAAUGCGUUAGAGGUUGAACAGGUGAUUCCGUUACCUAGUCAUGAAGAAGUUACCACCCAUCAGGCCUUACCUAGUGUUUCUCAUCCUUCUGAUCACAUAGCACUGGUUUGUGAUUUAAAAUGGAACUAGGUUUUGCUGCAUUGAGUGAAGCGAGUUACUUUUCAGAAAAUUUAAUAUGAAUCAGCGCUUAUAUAUAAAAAUCUUCAAAGCGGACGUCUAGACACUAAACUUUAUUAUGAUCAUUCCCUACUAGUUAUGUUCCAGGUGGCUUUGUUACAUACCAGUUCAUAAUGUUUGCAUCAUAUAUCUUUGUCCUCUUUUUUAAUUUCCUACAUUUGAAGGAAAACAUUUAUGACUAGGAAGAAAAAAUGAACUAUUGUGUAUAGUUUAUAGGUUUUUUUAAGCUGGCAAUUAAGGUUUUUAAGUACUAUUUGAAUAAUCUCAUUUUCUUUCAUAACACUUUACAUUGAAUUAUGUUCAUAUAAUUGGAGGGGGACAUGCAGGUAAAAGUGAAAUACUUCAGAGAGACAUGGAAUACUUUAGUCUAUCACUACCUCAAUUUGGUGGUUAUUAUAAUUUAGAGCUUUAACAAAAGAUUAAAAUAUACCAUUACCAAUUUUUAUAGCUUCAUUUUUCAGUUAGCAGGGUAUUUUCUCUUAUUUCUAGCGUUUUUUUUUUUUUUUAGUGUGCAUAUGAUGGCACAAAUGUGCGUAAUUUGUGUUCUCAUUCACAGUUCAGCCCAUUUUAACAGUGUCCCCAGGGAGCAGCGACACAGUCUGAUCCCCUUGUCUUCAUUCUUCCUCAUGAGAAAUAGACAUUGACAAUGUCUAUUAUAGAAAUUGACAAUAGAUGUCAACACACAGGUUACUUGACCAUAUGACAUGAAAGAAUAGAGCACAAUUAUUUUACGAGAAACUUCUGAUUGGGGCUUCAAAUUAUACUUAAAAAACUAUCGAGCAUUUUCAAAAUGGUAAUUUUUUAUGAGCAGGAAAAAGGGAGCCUAGCAUGGUGCUGUAAUCUUAGCACUCAGGAGUUUGAGGUAGGGCUGCUAAUACUAGUUAAAUACUAGUCUGGGUUACACAAUUCAAGGUCAGUUUGAGCUACAUAAAUGGAAAAAAAGGGAGCAGUGGACUUUUCCCAAUAUCUGAAAUAAACUUUUUAUAGACUUACAGAUAAUGUAAGUAUAAAAGUAUAAAGAUCUGACCUAGUCAGAUCUCCAGCAUACAGAUGUCAGGCCGACUGGAAUGCAGAUAGGGAACACUACAAAAAUUCUAAGUAUCAUACCUUGAUUAAUUUGUACUUACAGAUUAAUACAAGGUGUUAAUCAGAAGUGUUUAAGCUUAUCUUUGUGAUUGAAUUUUUCUACAACUUUUGGAAUUUUUAGUACAUUUGAUUUUAAUAAAUAUGGGAAAUCUAGCAACUUUGUGGUGAAGCACAUUUAUGUCAUAAGUUCUUGCUGAAGAAAAGUGACCGUUUUAGAGCAUGUUAUUCUGUGAAAAUAACUCUUAUGCAGUUGUUCCCAUAACAGACACUACAGUUGGUCAUUCGUCAAAAGAAGGCCAUUUCUGACUACAAUGUUCUGGCUUUAUUCACUUGUAUGUUUUCUAGGUUCAUCCAUGUUACAGUUAUGUACCAACACUUGAUCUUUUUUUACAACUGAGUAUUUUCUACUGCAUGGAUAAUACAUCUUGCUUAUCUGAACAUUUGGACUGUCUCUUUGCUGUUGUGUCUAGUACUAUGGGUACUUGUGCCCAAGUUGUUGGUUGCACAUCCUUUUUGGCAGUGCUGGGGAAUCACAUCCUGUCAUCACUCAGCUGUACACCAACCCGGAACGUCUGCUUUCAGUUCUCUUGAGUUUACACUUCAGAGUGAAUUGCUGGUCGUCAUUCUAGCUUUCUGGAGUACUGCCAGACUUUCUCGCAUGGCAGCCCUGUCUUACACACUCGCUCACUGUAGUGCACAGGUUUGGUUUUCCCUCCAUCCUCUCAAUCUUAUUUCCACCACUAAUUUUCCCCUGAACCCACCAAGAUAACCUUUCUCUGUGUAGCCCUGGCUGCCCUGGAGCUCCCUUUGUAGACCCGACUGUCCUCAAACUCAGAGAUACACCUGCCUCUGCCUCCUGAGAUAAAAGGUAUGUGCCACCGCCCGGCUCUUACUCCCAUUUUCUAAAUAGUCAUCCUGGUUAAUAUGAAGUGAUACUCUAAUGACACAGUUCUAACUUCUGAAUUGAAGUCGUUAGACAGCCAUAAACAUGCUUUACUCUAUUCAAUAGUUUACCAAACCCUUUUUCAGAGCCUACUUCACCAACUGCUACUUUGUGCCAAGCAGAAAAGGCGCUUCCUUUAAAGAAAAGUAUAAAUUCAAGUUCAAAAAUACAACCUUGAAUGUAAAUCAAAAUUAUGGUAAAAAAAACUUAAGAUGUUCACAACAAAAGGCUAUUUUUUAACUUGAGCAAUUUCAGAGAACUUACUUUUAAAUGGAACCACUUUAAAUCCAGAUUAGUAGAUAGCAAAAAUGUAUAAAAAUACUAAUUACUGAGAAAAUGAGAUUAAAUAUAAUUGAGUAUAAUAAUUAUGUGUAAUCAAAAUGUUCAAACUAUUAUAGUCCCUAAAUUUAAGGCAAUUUUUAAGCUGUAAACCAAUAAAUUAAGGUGACAUAUUUCCUGUUAAAUAACAGGUAGGAAACUAUUAUUACUUGACCACCUUUAGUGUAUUAACAUAGAUGCUAAAAUUUAUGUAAAAGUUAUUUUAACAUUAAGCUUAAUCAGUUGAGUUGGCUUGUACAGCUUCUAUAGAACAUUAGUGAAUGACAUCUGAAACAUUCAACUUGAGCCUGGGGAGACCACUUGGUGGUUAAGAGCACCUAGAGGACUUGGGGUUCAUUUCACAGCACCCACAUUGGCUCACAACCCCCUUUAACUCUAGCUCCAGGAAUCCAUCUGUGCUGGCAUCUGGGAACCAGGCAUGUGCAUGAUACAGAUGCAUGUCAGGCAAAAUGCCCAUACCCAUAAAUUAAAAAACUUUAAAAACUAAAAAAACAACAAGAACCAUUAAAGCUGUCCAGCUGGCUUAAUACCACUUUCAUCUGAUAGGAAGCUCUUGUUCUAUCAAAACCCAAGUUCUAUGUUUUGGGGUUUUGUUUUUUUUGGGGGGGGGGUUAUUAAAUACAAGGUUUCUCUGUAGCUCUGGAACUCAGACUAGGCUGGCCUUGAACUGCCUGCCUCUUCCUCUGGAGUGCUGUGGGGCAAGCCAUCACCACCUGGCUUAAACUGGUGUCUUUAUUGUUAAGAGCUAUUGGUAUUUGGGUGUCAGACUAAGUCUAACAGCUGAAAGAAACCCUGUACUUACAGGAUGUCACUCGUUUGCCCUGACAACCCUUUACCUACUUUGUCUCCAUGAAAUGUCUAUUUUGGACUUUUUCACAAGUGCAAAGAAAGAUGUCCUUUUGUGACUGGCUUCUUUCAGUUAGGUUGUUUGGUUACUUCCAUGUUGUAGCAUCAAUACUGGGUAGGUUUUUUUAAAAUGAAUUUUCCAUUACAUUUAUCUAUUUAUACUGGGCAUUUGUACUGCUUCCACAAAUAAUGUUGCUAUAAACAUUUGUGUACAAGUUUUGUGUGGGUGUUUUCAUUUCUUUUGAGUAUCGCUUACACAGGAGCAGAAUUAUUGGGUUAUAUGGGGAAAAUAUUUACCUUUUAAAGAAUUGCUAAAAUAUUACUGAAGGCAGGUACACUUCCCCACCAGAAAUAAUACAUGAGUGCUCUAAUUUCUGUACAUCCUCAACACUUACUAGUUUUAUUCUUUGGUAACACUCUAGUAUGAAGUGGUACUGGUUUUGCUUUUUAAUUCCCUCUAGGGAACAUGUCUUCUCUAUAAGACUCCUAAUGGAGCCCUAAAACAGGAUCACAGCCUGUAUCCGUUUUUGUGUGUGUACAUACUUAUGAUAAAGUUUAAUAUACAUUUGCCUAAAUUUGUAAGGAAAUCAGUUUCAAAUAUUCCAAAGACUGAAAGAACACACAAUCACAUUUUUUUUAUCAUUUUAUUAGGAAUAAUUUCAAAUGGGUUAUGAAGAAAACUUAUUCACUGAAUUUGAGUUUUCAAAAAAUUCUUUAUGAAGAUAGGUUCAUCAACAAACAGUAAUAUCAGCAGAACUAUCAUAUACUGGGCAAAGAGUCAGGGUGAUUCCAAAAGCAACAU